GAUGUGUGCGGUAUAUUUAUAAAGAGAAAACCCCGAAUGAAGUGGACUCGCCACCAAGCAGCUGCCGAGUAAUGUUCGCUGCUGCUGCUACUGCUGCUGUAAUAGCACAGCAUGGCGAACGUCGCCGAGCACGGCGUGCAGAUGCCGGCGGAUCCUCCCUCCGGCAAGGCCGCCGCAGCGCCGGAGAUGGGGCUGAAUCUUUUCAUUCGCUUCGUUGCGCUGAUCGAGAGGCUUGGCGACGCCUUGGGCACGCUGGCCUUCACCUGGGCCACCGUCGUCCUGCUCGGCGGCUACGCCAACUCCAACGACCUCGGCUCGGAUUUCGGGGUCUUGACGGCCAUAGUUUUCCUGGAGGCCUUGAGGCGUAAGCCCGCCGUAGCACCGUCAACAAUGCAGCACCAGCUCGACCGUGCGGCGGGUUGGUGUGACGCCGUCGCCGCCGCUCAGCGGCUGAAGGGUUCUAUUACCGGCGGGAAGCGGGGAGGGGCAAAGGCAGGCACGGCGAACGAAAUGGGCGUAGGCACGGCGGCGGGAGGGGAAAGUGGAAGCCGCUGCCCGAAAGCCGAAGAUUUUGGAGGAGAAGAUCAGAGCAGGACAGUAGUAUCUGUUGUUGGUUGGCGGGACCCACACGUGGGAGGCGGUCUUUGAAAUUUCGAAUUCUGUUGUUGUUGGUCUGCUUUCGCCCGCCCGACCGCUCCGGUCUUUGAAAUUUCGAAUUUUGUAGCGGGGUUCUGCACUACGGGGUACGUCAUCUCUACUUUUUUUAUUGGAAAGAGUCGUUUGUAGACGGCUCAUCGUGAGGUUUAGAACAACUGACAUAUUAAUUGUCAAAUUACAUACUCCCUCCAAUUCAUAUUAAU